AUGGCGGUUCCUGGCCCGAAUAAGGACAAUAUUAGAGCUGGAUGCAAGAAAUGCGGAUAUCCUGGCCACUUGACAUUUGAGUGCAGAAAUUUUGUGAGAGUUGAUCCACAGAAAGACAUUGUUCUGGAUGUAAGUAGCACUAGCACAGAGGAGAGUGAAGAGGAAGUCUUGGGUCGAAGUGGACAAAGUCGUCGAGACACUUCUGAUGAUGACCACACAAAAGAGAGGCACAAGCAGAAAAAGAACAAAGAAAAAAAAUCAAGAAAGAGAUAUUCUUCACCAUCAAGUGAUGAACAAGCCACCAGGAAGAAAAAGAAACGCAGCAGGUCCAUCUCUGCAUCUGAUGAUGAGUUGCAAAGAAAGAAAAAGAAGUUGAAAAGCCACAAGAAGAAAAGUAAGAAGAACAAAAGGGAGCACGGGAAACAUAAGAAGAGACAGAGAAAGAGGAAAAAGGAAAGCUCCUCUUCCUCCUCCAGCUCAAGUGAAUCUGACACUAACUGA